CCUCACACACUCAGCCUCUGCGCAUCAUUUAAGGAGAGCCCGGUUGUCUUCACCGCCUGGCUUCUUAGAAACACCACAGCCGCCUUAGCGUUACUCCAGCACUUUUCCCUCCCAGUUUGUUCUUGUUUAUCUGAAGCCAGUCGUUCAACUUAAAAGCGACGCUCCAGCGUUGGAUGGAAUAUACGCUUGUGAGUGGCGCAUUUAUGCUCCCCUGACCGAGAAGAAGCGCACAGUGGAAAACGUUUUGAGGACUAAUGGAAACCAGCCGGGAUUCAUUGGCACACAGAACAUCAUGAGAAUACUACAACUACCAACAAGGGAGGACCUAGGCAUGGACCCCUGUGUCUAAAUGAAGUGGUUCAGCCAUGCAAUGUUCCUGGAAGGCAGUGAUUCUGCUGGCCUUGGCCUCCAUUGCCAUCCAGUACACGGCCAUCCGAACACUCACCUCCAAGCCUUUUCAGCUGUGCCCGUUGCCCAGCCCCCAAAACUGUGGCCUGGGGGGCCAGGAGACCGAACCUCCCUUUGAGCGGGGGACAGCAGGUGGUGGAGGCUGUGAUGACUACCCUUACUUUUCCAUCAAUGCCACACGAAAAACGCACAUAUUGGUCCUGGCCACCACGCGUAGCGGAUCCUCCUUCGUUGGCCAGCUGCUCAACCAGCACCAAGAGGUUUUCUAUCUGUUUGAACCUCUUUAUCACGUUCAGACCACGCUGAUUCCACGUCUAUCGCACAGCCGCAAUGCUGCCGAUCGCCGUGUGAUGUUGGGGGCCAGUCGAGACCUUCUGCGUAGCCUGUACGGUUGUGACCUGUAUUUCUUAGAGAGCUAUAUCAAGCCAACACCUACGAACCACACCACAGACAAACUGUUCCGUCGUGGUGCCAGCCGCGCAUUGUGCCAGCAACCUGUAUGUGAUGCCUUUGGGCCUGCUGAUGUUAAUGUGGAGGAAGGGGACUGUGUUAAGAAAUGUGCAACCCUCAAUAUGACCUUAGCCACAGAGGCCUGCCGCGAGAAGCGGCAUGUCGCAAUCAAAAUUGUUCGAGUGCCGGAGAUUGGAGAUCUGCGUGCUUUGGUUGAAGAUCCACGUCUGAAUAUCAAAGUGAUUCAGCUCGUCAGAGACCCACGCGGUAUCCUGUCAUCACGGAUUGAGACAUUUAGGGAUACAUAUCGUCUGUGGCGUAUUUGGCGGGCCACAGGGAGAAGGCCCUAUAAUCUUGACUUGAGUCAGCUCACGGUUGUCUGUCAAGACUUUCUCAGCUCUGUUUCAACUGGUCUCACCCAUCCUUACUGGCUGAAAGGGAAAUACAUGUUGGUUCGAUAUGAGGAUUUAGCGAAAAAUCCUCUUCUUAAGACAAAGGAGAUCUAUGACUUUCUGGGGCUGCCUAUGGAUAAAAAUGUGGAAGACUGGAUACAUGCAAACACUCGGGGCAGCAAUGAGCCUUCAGCAAAACACAAGUUUGGUACGGUGAGGGACUCAGCAGCUAAUGCAGAGAGCUGGCGCUUAAAACUAUCUUUUGAUAUGGUGGAAUACACACAGACUGUGUGUCAAAAGGUACUUCACCAGCUUGGAUACAAGGCUGUGAAAUCAGUGGAGGAACUGAAAAAUAUGUCCCUCUCACUGGUACAGGACAAAACUUUUGUACCAUUUUUGUAACAAAGAUAGUUCUCUAAUGACUAUUUUUGAUAUAUUUAUAAUUGUUGCCUUAUAAGGUCCUUUGUUUGUUUGAUUUCUGUAUUUUUGUUUCCUCAAAUUUGCACUAAACUUUAAAGAUUUUGAAUGCACCAAGGGAAUUAUGGAUGACUCCCCAAUGUUACAAACAGCACAUUUUAAAUACAAAGUAAUCAAACAGGCUAGUUUACAAAUGUCCCAUGAUUUAGUUUUGUCCAUCAGUAGAAUCCAGACGGUACCGUCUUCAUCAGCUGUCUGUAUGCAAGUUGAUGUUGUUUUGAGAAAAGUAAGAUGUUCCUCGACAAAAAAAGAGAGCAAGAGACAUUUUUUUUAGCCCUGUGAUGGCAAUAGAUUGACUGUACAAAUCCUACUGUGCAAUAAAUGGUGAAUGUCGCAGUCAACCUUUA